AUGACAUCAAAGAAGCUGCGGCCGUACUUCUUGGCACAUUUAAUUGUGGUCUACACAGACCAACCUCUAAAGAAGCCAUUUACAACUUUAGAGGCCUGUGGCCGUAUGCUCAAGUGGGCCUUGGAAAUGAGAGGCUUUGACAUUAUGUUUGAGCCAAGAAAAGCAAUCAAGGGACAAGCCUUUGCUGAUUUCUUAGCUGAGAUGACUCGGCCUGAUCUUCAGUCGGCCGGAGAUCAGAUCUGGAAGGUGUUUGUUGAUGGUAGUGCAACGACAACUAGAUGUGGUGCUGGAUUCAUUUGUCAAUUUCCCGAGGGGGAUAAGUUUGAAUAUGCUUUGAGAUUUCAGUUCAAAGCUUCUAAUAACGAGGCUGAGUAUGAAGCUCUCCUGGCUGGCCUUAGAAUGUGUAAGGCGGCAGGAGCAACAAAAGUGGAUGUAAGCUCGGACUCCCAACUUAUAGUCGGCCAGGUAAAUGGAGAUUUUGAGGCAAGGGAGUCAGCUAUGAUGAAAUAUUUGAAGAUUGUCAAAGAGGAGGCCAAGGGCCUAGAUCAUUUUACUCUACAACAAGUUCCUUGUUCGUCCAAUCAUCAGGCGGACACCCUCUCUAAGUUAGCAUCCUCAGCAUCAUGUGAUACUCCUAAAUCAGUAUUUUGGGAGGUAAAAGAAAGGAGUAUUGAUGCCAAGCCAGUACAAAUCAUGGAUAGAAGCUCCACUUGGAUGGACGGGAUCAUUUCUUAUUUUAGGGAUGGAUUACUUCCGUCCGAUCCUAAAGAGAGCUGGCUUAUGAAGAAGAAGGUGCUCUGGUUCCAAAUGAAGCAGGGGGAGUUGUUUAAAAAGGCAUUUGUGAAGCCGUACCUGAAAUAUAUUACUCUAGAGAUGGGGAAUGACGUCUUGGACGACCUCCACCAGGGGCAGUGCGACUCCCAUAUUGGAGGGCGAGUCUUGGCUGAAAAGGCUGCCCUCUGGGGUACUAGGCCGAGCUUAAAGACGGACGCCAUGAAAAUGGUGAAAAAAUGUGACAAGUGCCAAAGAUUUGCAACCUUGAUUCAUCGCCCUGCUAGCAGUCUGUCGGCCAUAAGUAGUCCGCUCCCCUUUGCCAAAAGGGGGGUGGAUAUCUUAGGACCGUACACGCCAGCAUCCGGUCAAAGGCGUGUUGUGUUUGUAGCAGUAGACUACUUCACAAAAUGGGUAGAGGCUGAGGCUGUUCGGGGCAUCAAGUGGAAGAAUGUUUCAGCCUUCAUAUGGAAGAGUAUCAUUACACGUUUUGGCGUUCCUCAGUCUAUGGUGUUUGAUAAUGGACGUCAGUUUGAAACGCCUCAACUCAAGGAAUGA